GGCACCACCGACAGGGAGAAAAAAUUUGCGCUCGGGACGUAGAAGAGAGCUUCCAGGAGAAGAGGACACGCCUGGGUGGGGUGGUUUGCAAGGUUGGUGAGCCUAUGGAGAAUCAUGCCGCAAAGAUCUACAUGCGAACAAUGUUCGAGAAGUUCCAGGAUAGUAUGUACAAGAUUGGUUCUUACUACGCCGACAAGGUGGUGCCAGGGGAGAUGUAUGUUACAACACAUUUUGAUUGCGAGAGCCGAGAGAAGUGGUGCAAGGUGCAGUACAAGGUUUCGGGUAGCGGUGGCUAUUACACAUGCGAAUGCGGCAUGUAUGAGCACAUGGGCAUGCUCUGCUGCCAUGUCCUUAAGGUUCUGGUCCACCUCAGGUUCAAAUUGACGGUGGACGCGCGCGACGUGUUGCCCAUGCACCUGGUGCACUACCAGAAAGAUCAGGGCCUGAUGACAUCCUUCAGUUUCCGGCAUUCCCAGCUAUACCUCAAUUGCAUGGAAGUGGGAUGUAAAUGUUGAUGCAUACACCACAACAAUGGAGUCCAUAAAGGUUAUGGUGCCAAAGCUCAAGAAGGUAGGUGUCGAAGGGGAUGGUUUAGGUCUCGAGGCGAGGCUCAACGUGAAGAAAGCUCGGGUAGAUGGUGCGGCUGCACAAAUGGUCGUGCAGUACCUCCACUGGGACAAUGGGGUCUCUGAUGCAAUCAGUCUGGAUGCAACCCUGCUCGCUCCAUCGAAGAACAGAAGUGGUGGAAGGCCAACAAAUAGCCAUGACAAGCCGCCGUAUGAGACUACGUCGAAGCGUACUAGAUUCUACACGAUAUGCAGGUUCCCCGGACACAAGAGCACAACAUGCCCAGACUGUCCUCCGGGGGUGGCGAAGCCUCGGAAAGAAGCAAAAUGCUCGAAUUGUGGUCUGCCAGGGCACAGUAACAGUAAGACAAGCUGUGUCAACAAAAAUACAGCGGUUUAGCUUGUUCGUGCAUUUGCAGGGAUGUGCCGUAGAUUGCUGUGAGGAAAUUUUGGUUCCGCAAUCUGCUGAUAGCAGAAUGAGAGAUUGGAAAUGUAUUAUCUUUUAUUUAUUGGACAAGGACAUGUGUGCGGGCUCGCUGUGGAUCGUGCCUGUGCGAUGUUUGUUCUUUCCUGCAAUUCUAUUUUUUAGCAUGAUUUGUUUUUGCCAUCCCCUCCCCUUCCAUUGCUGUGUGUCUGGAGUUCAAAGCUUAAUGGACUGUGUACUCCGUCUUCCGUA